AUGGCCUACUACCAGGACUACCAGACUCCAUACGACUAUGCUGCCUUCAGCACCCCGUUCCCCGGAAACCUGUACCAAAAUGAGUACAGCAUGGAACUCUACCGACAGCAAGCCGCCAUGAUGAACCGAGGCAUGUUCCCGGGUGUUGGCGGAAAGGUCACUGAAUCCAAGCCGAGACUUGCUAAAGACGAAGUCGACAAGCUUGAGAGGGAGUUCCAAAGGAACAACAAGCCCAACAGCAGCCUGAAAAAGCAGCUUGCCGAGGAAAUGAGAGUCGAUAUUGCAAGAAUCAAUAAUUGGUUCCAAAACCGUCGAGCAAAGGCGAAACAGGAGAAGAGGGCGCAGGAGAACGAGGCUCGCCGCAAGUCAGAGCAGGCCGCCGAUGAAUCGACAAACUCCGAAACCAUCAAAGAGUCCUUCUACGACCACGAUGACGACCUCCGCCCGUCCACAGCCCCCUUCCCCCCCGUUAAGGCACAUCCCGGCGUGACUAGCAGCCGUGAGAGCUCGCCAUCGGAAGGGACCGAGACCCCGGAGCAAUCCGCAGAACAACCACACGCCAUCGCGGAAGAGACAGAGUCGGAGUAUGCCUCGCCCGAGUCGUCCAACUCGUUCCAGCACCAAGACCUCAAUAUCAGCUACGCCCUCGCCUCCGACGCGUUCUUCUCGGACCAGCCGUCCUGUGACUUCACGUCAUCCAUGCCAUUGGAGGCUUCCCACCCGACACCCGGACACCUGACUCUUUCGAUACCCAACCAGUUCAUGUCGCACCUCCCCGAGUCGACGAGCGCUUCGUCCUUCUCAUCAUACCAUCAUCUGUCUAGUGCGAGCGAUUUCGGAGAUUCGCUUGCACCCAUGGCGCAUAGCCUGUCGGGCAACUUGACCGAACCGAUCCCCAUCAACAUCAAGCAAGAGCAGAUGCAAGCCGAGGCCCUGAACAGGUUUGAUCAGUUUUCCCCUGCGUCAAUGUCUCAGUCGCCGCCAGAGAUGUCCACCUCAGACUUGCGUUUCAGGUCGCCCUCGACCAUCGACAUCGCCAGCAGAAGAAACUCGAAGCGGCCCGCACAGCUUGUCAGCUGCAUGCGAAGCCAAUCAUACAACUAUUCCGGACCCAAGACGGGCAUCGAGAUGCCUAGGAGGAUGGAGGCGCCGAGCCCAAUGCGCCGCGUUGCAUCUGCAACGGGCAACUUUCCUAGAGGGAUUCAGAAGAUGGCCAGCUCAGGCCCGCGAUCGCCGCUGUACUUUGACCGUAACCAGGAGAACCUCCUUCUGCAGAUGGCCUCAAGGUCCCCGGUAUCACGAAGCCCGGCAGCGCCACCCACGCCAAACACGCCGAUUGUCCCUAGCCAACAGGCGCUGCGCGAGACGACCGUCUCUUCCAUGUCCUCGGCCGAUGACGAAAAGAGCUAUAGCCACCAGAAUACCCUGACCGUGCCCCAGUACGCCAUGGACCCGACCAUGAGGACGCCGCCCGACACCCCUGGCAUGCUGACGAUGCCGAACUCCAUGUUCCCUACAUUUGACUUCAACGUGCCUGACGAUCCGCUCCCUACGCCCAGCUUUGGCGGCUUUGAGCAGGAUUUCCCUGCCUUGUCGACGAGCAUCCCGAGCUAUGUCGCACACGGUUGCGCAAGCCAGCCGGUGACACCAUCGUACCCUCCCGGCAACAUGGGGCCGGCAUUUUACUCGUCCUACGGCGGCGGUGGCAACACUGAGUACAACUGGUCGGAUGCCUCUGCCGUCUCGGCCAAGCCGUCACCUGAUCAGUCACGGUCAAGACAGUUUCAGUUCACCAACAUGACUGCGCAAGAUUUCCACGGAGAGUGA